UGGCAGGCUCGAGAAAAAUUGCAGGCCAAAACCAAGAGUUCAAUAAUCCCCCAGGAAGGGAGAGAGAGAAGAAAAUCCAAGCUGAAGAGAGAGCAACGAAAAAAAGGCAAGGCAGACUUGAAGAAAAACCCGUUGUAAUUUUUCAGGCAUUUGAAGGUUUAAUGUAUAAUAGGGCCAUGGAAUCCAAAGCCAACAACAAAGAUCGGCAUGGUUGCCCUUCUUCUUCUUCAUCAUCAUCAUCGAUCUGUUCUGUAAUUUAUUGCUUCUAGUGCUGUGUCUAGAUCUAUAGCACUUCAUAAUGACAGAAUCAAGCUCAGUAGAUGUGAUUUUGGACUUUCUGAGGAGAAAUCACUUUACUAGAGCUGAGGCAGCUUUGCGUAUUGAGCUUGGUAACCGCCCUGAUUUGAAUGGAUUCCUUCAGAAACUUACCCUUGAAGGAAAGGACUCUAGCAAGGUUCUAGGAGAAGAAAAGGGGGAAAAAACAGUGAACUUAAGUCAUGGUUCAGGUUCUCGAAACAGUGGUGAGGUGUCUAAGGAACUUAUAAUAAAAGAGAUAGAGUGUGGGGCUGGCAGAAAUGGGUCUGAAAGCAAAUAUAGAAAUGCUGCUUCUACUGAGGAGCAUAAAAAACCUAAUGAAGCUAAAGUGAUAAGUGAUAAGAGUUUCACUUUCUCUAAAAAUUCAGAGGAGAAUGUACUUAAUUUGCAGUCAAGGAACUUCAAUACUAUCAAUGGUUCUGAUCUAUACAAAAAUGGUGGUUUUAGUAGUAGUUCUAGCUUUCCGGAGCUAGAGAAACAAGAUCGGUCAACAUAUUGUACAGCUGAAGCUCCUGAAACAGAAAAAAGUGUUAAAUCUGGAGAAGAGAUUAUGUUUUUGGGUGAAAUUAAAAGUUCAUGGCUUGGAAAUACUAGCAAAGCUAAUGUAGGUUCCACUUCUGACAAGCUUUAUACCAGUGAAAGUAAGGAGCUCGAUCAACAAUUUAAGAUGAACAGUGUAUACUUGAAGGAUAACUUUGCUGAUAAUAGCAAAUGGUCUAGAAUUGAGGAACCCACUAGUUCGUUUUCAGAUAUAUGGAAAGAUUGUUCUGUGAAGACUGUUUUACCGUUCCCCGAGGGGGAUGUGUCUAUUAGAUAUGAUGCUGCUAAUACUUCAGAUAAGAGAGAAGGAAAAAAGAAAGCAUAUGACCUUGAUUUUAGGGCAGCAUAUGACCUUGAUGUUAGGGCAGCAAUUAAAGAACAGGUGGAUGAGGUUGAAAGGGCUCUAUUCUUUGGGAAGUCUCAAGGCACUGCUGAGCAAAUGGGUAUAAAGGAGUUGGCCUUCCCUCUUGCAUCAGAAAAUCCAAAGGAAAAGUUACCUAGGUUGCCACCAGUUAAACUCAAGUCGGAGGAGAAGUCAUUGAAUGUCAAUUGGGAGGAAAAAUAUGAGCCUGAUGUCCCUGGUGCAAAGCUCACUGGUGCUGACAGUGCAUUCCUUAUUGGGUCCUAUCUGGAUGUUCCCAUUGGGCAAGAGAUAAGCUCUUCAGGUGGAAAACGGAAUGGUGGAGGUAGUUGGUUUUCUGUGAGUCAGGGCAUUGCGGAAGAUGCAUCUGAUCUGGUUUCUGGUUUUGCUACUAUUGGUGAUGGAUUGAGUGAAUCUGUUGAUUAUGUAAACGAGUAUUGGGAUUCUGAUGAAUAUGACGAUGAUGAUGAUUUUGGUUACAUGAGGCAACCUAUCGAGGACGAAGCCUGGUUUCUGGCUCAUGAAAUUGAUUAUCCUAGUGACAAUGAGAAGGGAACUGGGCUUGCCAGUGUUCCUGAUCCACAGGUAAGAAGUCAAACCAAGGAUGAAGGUGACAAUCAAUCAUUUGCAGAGGAGUCUUACUUCUCUGGUGAACAUUAUAUCCAGGCAAAUAAUGUUGAAGGGCUGUCUGGAACUGGAGUGUAUAGCAGGACACAUGAGAAUGAUUUAAUAGCCCGAUAUGAUGGGCAGUUAAUGGAUAAAGAGGAGCUUAAUUUGAUGCGUGCUGAACCUGUUUGGCAGGGAUUUGUCACACAGACAAAUGACCUUAUCAUGCUAGAGGAUGGGAAAGUUCUUAAUGAGUGUGGGAGAUCUCGGCUGGAUGAUAUAUGUAUAGAUGAUGAUCAGCAUGGUUCGGUAAGGUCUAUUGGUGUAGGAAUCAACAGUGAUGCUGCUGAUAUUGGCAGUGAAGUACGUGGAAGUUUAAUUGGAGGAAGUAGUGAAGGGGAUUUUGAAUAUUUUCAUGAUCACGAUAUUGCUAUUGGAGGGUCUAGACAAAGUCAUAAUGGGACAGACAGGAAAAUUAUUGAUAAAGCAGUUGGGGAUAAAAGGAAAAUUGGAAAAAAUGAUCCCAGUAAGUAUGUUACUGGGAAUGAUAAAGGUCCAACUUGCCAGCUGAAAAAUCUUACAGGUAGGGGUUUUUCUUUUCCACCACCCCUAAGAGAUGGGCAGUUGGUGCCUGCAGGUUCUAGUAAGUCUCUAUGGUCAAGUAACUGCAAUGCUGCUGGUGAUGAACAUGAUGACUGUUUGAGUGCUUUGAUGGGGCCUGAUGAUAUGCUUACAACAUGGAGACGAAAAAGCAGUGAUUCUUCAACCGGAAAAAGUUCUAGGGAUGGAAACAAUGCCAAUGCUGUAAGAUCUGCAAAUUCUAGUCUUUCUACUCUCUCUAAUUAUUGUUAUGGUGAGCAAGAGCAGAUGAAGAAAAAAGAGGCAGGGAACACUAGUGGUAUGAGAGAAGAAGAUCCUGGGGUGUCACUUGAGGAUGAAGAGGUUGCUGCUGUCCAAGAGCAGGUGAGACAAAUUAAAGCACAGGAGGAGGAAUUUGAGACCUUCAACCUGAAGAUUGUGCAUAGGAAAAACAGAACUGGAUUUGAGGAGGACAAAAAUUUCCAUGUUGUUUUGAAUUCUGUUAUAGCUGGGCAUUAUCAUGUGACCGAGUACCUUGGAUCAGCUGCUUUUAGCAAAGCUAUACAAGCACAUGACCUGCACACAGGAAUGGAUGUCUGUGUGAAAAUUAUAAAGAACAACAAGGAUUUUUUUGACCAAAGCCUUGAUGAAAUUAAGCUUCUCAAGUAUGUUAACAAACAUGAUCCUGCUGAUAAGCAUCACAUUCUCCGAUUGUAUGAUUACUUUUACUACAGAGAGCAUUUGCUUAUAGUCUGUGAACUUCUCAAGGCAAACUUAUAUGAAUUUCAUAAAUUUAAUAAGGAAUCAGGUGGAGAAGUUUACUUCACAAUGCCAAGAUUGCAGUCUAUUACCAUUCAGUGUUUGGAGGCUCUCCAAUUUUUGCACGGCCUUGGUCUAAUACAUUGUGAUCUAAAGCCUGAAAAUAUAUUAGUAAAAAGCUAUAGUAGAUGUGAGGUGAAGGUCAUUGAUCUUGGGAGCAGUUGUUUUGAGACAGAUCAUUUAUGCUCCUAUGUUCAAUCUAGGUCCUAUCGUGCUCCAGAGGUUAUCCUAGGACUUGCGUAUGGUAAGAAGAUAGAUAUCUGGUCACUUGGCUGCAUUUUGGCAGAACUCUGUACAGGCAAUGUCCUGUUCCAAAAUGAUUCACCUGCGACAUUACUAGCAAGAGUAAUUGGAAUCAUAGGUCCCAUUCGACAAGACAUGCUUGCAAAAGGACGGGAUACAUACAAAUACUUUUCCAAGAAUCACAUGCUUUAUGAACGUAAUCAGGAGACGAACAGACUAGAAUAUCUGAUACCCAAGAAGACAUCCUUGAGGCAUCGAUUGCCUAUGGGGGACCAGGGUUUCAUUGAUUUUGUCACUCAUUUGCUUGAAGUAAGCCCAAGGAAGAGGCCUUCUGCAUCAGAGGCUCUAAAGCACCCAUGGCUAUCGUACCCGUACGAGCCCAUAUCAGCUUGAAUUGCAAACACAUUUGUUGCCUCAUUUCGCCUGACUGGGGAAGGAGCUGUAUGUUUUUUUACUGACUUGGAGUUGGGUUUAUCCACUUGAUGUAGUUCACUCUCCCCCCGUUUCACAUGCCGGAAAAGUGCAUCGAAAGGCAUGUUUGAUUUUGUUUGAUUAGAAUAUUUUAUAUUUAUAUUCCUUGCCCCCAUUUUAAAGUAGUGCUUGAAUUGGAAUCAACAGUAUGGAGGGUGUAAUUUUGAGUGCAUCCUACUGAGGGGGUUUCCUUAUCACUGGAAUUGAUAUUGUUGUAAUUCUUUUAGGUUUAGCUUUGUGAAAUAGUUUUUGAUGAUAA